AUGCCACAAGCCGUCGAUCCAGUCAUUGAGAUCCAAAAAAAUGUGAUCAAAAAUGCAUCCCACCGCGGAGGAAUGAUCCUCAGCAAUGAUCAAGCCCAUGCUUUCGGACUAUCGGGUACUCUGAACAAAAUCAAAGGAAUAGAGUCACUCACCGACAGCAACUUCAUGGUCUGGUCGCGACAAAUACUCGGAUCGUUAGAAAUCCUUUUCCUUCACGGUUACGUAGUCGAUAAGUUUUAUGAAGACAACGGCGUAUCACACGACGUCAACAACAUCAAUAGACGAUGCAUCCUUGAGUUCCUGUACUCAAGAAUGGAUUCCGACAACUCUACCAGAUUCCGAGCCGCAUACAACGAUAUAGUCAUACCGAUCGUAGAUGUGGAAGAAGAAGAUGAAGACGAGGAAACCGAACAGAUCAUUCGCCAGAUUCCCGAAUCCGUCAAAGGACCAGCUCACCUCUGGACCGCAAUAAAAACUUUUCACCAAUCGGAUAACGAGGCAAACCUAUACCUCAUCCAAUCCAAGAUAGAGAAAUUCACUCAAGAUUUCAAGACCUCAAUCACCGCACACAUCGAUGCUUUCUCCAAACUCAAAAGCGAGCUAGCUAACCGAGGAGGGCAUAUCAACGAAGCCCAACUCGGCAGAAGACUUCUCCAUUCUUUAAGCGACACCCACAACAAUGAAGUCAGAACAAUUCUCCGAACGGUGAAACCAAUCACCACACGCGCAGUCAUCGACGCUCUCAAACAGUAUGAGGAUGAGAACUUAGAAUUCUCAUUCUACAAUUCCAGCAAGAUCAACACCGGAAUGAGCAAUCUCAAACUCGCCAACAACACCUCCAAGCCCAAACAAACAGGACCUCGACAGAAAUGCACCCUGUCACGAUGCCUUGGUCCGCACCCAGCCAACAAAUGCUUUCAACGUCCAGAAAAUAGCUGA